UCAGCCUCAUCCACAUCUUCCCUCUUUUACGCACAUACAACCUCUCCACACGCUCGCACGCACGCACACGCGCGCGCGCAAACAUCUGACUUCGUGUUUCCUUCAGCAGAAGAAACGAAAUGGGAAAUGUUCCGGAUUUUUUAGAGAAAAGGUAUACCGUGUUGGGCUGUUGGCGUAGAAGGAUGUGGAAUCUACCAUUAAAGCACUACCAUCAGGGCUGACUAGCGUUGUGAUUCCUCACUGUGACCUCACGUAACCUGACUAUUCCAGACAAUGAAGAUUUGAGGACCAAGAAUUUGAAAUCAACAACAACAAAAACCUCACAGCUUAAUCAUGGCCAACAUUACGCAUGUGGCAGUAGUGCUUGUGGACCCUCAUGGCCAAGUGCACACAGAGGAACAUGAUCCCUACUUAGACCUCUACGAUAUGGACUAUGGGGUCCCAGACGAGGAAAUGCCAGACACCACUCAGGGCCUGGCCUAUUUUGUGGCCACCAUUGUUAUUGGAGUUGUUCUUGUCUGCAUCAUGCUGGUCUGCGGCAUUGGUAACUUCCUGUUCAUAGCCACUCUGGCCCGCUACAAGAAGUUGCGCAAUCUGACCAAUCUCCUGAUCGCAAACCUGGCCAUCUCCGAUUUUCUUGUCGCUGUUGUAUGCUGCCCUUUCUUGGUGGAUUACUAUGUGGUUAAACAGCUGUCAUGGGACCACGGGAAAGUGCUCUGUGCUUGUGUUAACUACCUCCGAACUGUUUCUCUGUACGUCUCCACCAACGCUUUACUGGCCAUUGCUGUGGACAGGUACAUGGCAAUUAUUCACCCAUUAAGGCCCAGGAUGAAACAUCAGACUGCCUACUGUUUAAUAACAGGGGUGUGGAUCGUUCCGGUCAUCAUCUCUGUACCUUCUGCUUACUUUACUUCUGCGACCAAAGUACCUUACGGUGCCAACCAGAGUAAAACCUUCUGUGCUCAGAUCUGGACAGUUGACCAGCAGUUUUACUAUCGUUCCUACUACCUCUUCAUUUUUGCCGUAGAGUUCCUGUGCCCAGUCCUGAGCAUGGCCCUGUGCUACAUGCGCAUUUCCAGGGAGCUCUGGUUCAGAAGCCUCCCUGGUUUCCAGACGGACCAGAUCCGGAAGCGUUUGCGUUGCCGGAGAAAGACAGUCAUGGUGCUCAUCGGGAUCCUCACAGCAUACAUUCUCUGCUGGGCUCCUUAUUAUGGUUACACCAUCCUGCGCGAUUUUUACCCGACGCUCAUCUCCAGGGAGAAGAACUCGCUGGUGGCAUUUUACAUUAUUGAGUGCAUUGCCAUGAGCAACAGUAUGAUCAACACGUUCUGCUUUGUCAGCGUGAAGAACAACACUGCAUUGUACUUCAAGAGGAUUGUCCUGCUGCGCUGGAAGUCCACUUACACCUCCAGGAAGACGGAAGUGAGGACACUGUCUGUGCCUGUGACUGAGGAGAUUGAUUGUAUACAGCUGAGGUAAAAAAUUUAAGUAAAUAAACUGUAGAUUUGUCGCUGUCUUUUAGAGAUCUCCAGCAGAAUUGCGUCAUUUCACUUUUAUGAUCAAGUAAAUUUUUCAGCAGUUUUCCUGAAACUCAUUGGCAAUCGUGGGCAGUUCUACUGAAUGUAAACAACAGAAAAUUGUCUUUGAAAUUAACAGGUUUUAUUGGAUUCAGUUAGAAUCCAAUCCUAUUGGACAAUGCGUUAUUUUGUGAUUAUUAAAUAUCUCUGUUAGUAUUGGUAAGCUGUAAAGUGAUUUUUUGUGAAAAGUCCUUUUUUUCAGUGAAUGUGCAAAAUUCAGACAGUAUUUUAAGGGUUUAUUAAUUAAUACCAAGCAAACGAGUAUUUCUCAAAUAUUAUUUUGUGGGUUUUUUUCUUUCUGUUUGUGGUGUUAUUACCUUGAUAUUUAUAUUAGUGUCAAUUAUUUGAAAAUAAAAGGACAUCAGGAGAUCAUUUCAAGUGGAUCAUCUCAUUGCCGAUGCUUUGUGUUCCAGAAGUUCACCAUGUUUUCCUUCCUUAAUUGUGGCUUUCUUUGUAUCUUUGUAUCAUCUUUUGUGCAUGAAGCUAAGACAAUAAAAUUGAACCUG